CGUGAAAAAGAUAUUGGAUAUUGGGUAUUGGAAAAGCGCUCUCAUCGACCGUGACGGCAUAGCUAUGCGCAACGGUUCUCCACAUAGAUAUUCUUGGGACCCCUGCAGUCCCAACCAAAAUAGGGAUCAUUUAAACAGGGGAAGAUUUAACAGUCACUCUAGGUAACUAGGCCUUUAAAUUCCUGUCUGAUUUUGCUUACGAGCUCCUGUUAAUUAGUGAUGCCAUUUUAAAUCGCUCAAAUUAGUGGUUUUCGAAAUACUUGUUGACAUAAAAGUGAUUUAUUGCAUCACCACUUAUCUCGUAGGAUAAGUUAAGGUUUUUGGAUUCAUAUUAGGCCUAAAGUAACUACCCAUUUAGAAAUAAGCUUAGUUUGAAAUUACGAGGAAACGGUUGCGAUGAAAUGUAGCUGGAAAGCGUAAACGUCGGGUCAAAUGUUGCAUGCAAGUCUGUUCUCGUCUAUGCGCUUCAGCCUUUACAUACUAAUCCGCCCCACGUUUUUGUGGACUAGGUCACCAAUUACUUCAACACCUCCGUUUGGUGGUGGGAGGUUUCCUCGAUAUCCACAAGACUCCUUGGCUUGUUGGAGUCCUCCUGUAGGUUGUCCGCCUUAUUAUGUCAAUAGUUCUCCUGCCCGAUAUGGUUCACCAAAUUUCAACCAACCAUCCUAUCACCGAACUUUUGAUUCUUCUGUAAGCUCGUAUGGAUCAUCACACUCACCAUUUAUGUCUAGGUGCAAUCCACCUAUGAGUAUACACUCCAGUUCAAUUUCGAAUAGUUCUUUGGUAUCGACUCAAGACGACUUGAGUUGGAAGUAUGACACUUCGCAGCACAAUUCUUCAGCAUUUGAUACUAGUUCAAAAUCGCCAAGAAAUAGUUGCAAGAAAUUCAAUGAGAAUAAUCGGCCAUUCAAGAGUUGGAUUGCAUCCAGUUUAUCAGACCCUUGGGAAGGAAUGAAACCGAUUCGUACACCACACUCCGGUUAUUUAGUUGACAAACCGCCUGCACAAAGGCAUACUGUUUUAUUUGCUCCUCACGAACGUCGAAGAAGGUUAGAGGCAGACGACAAUGAGGCAGUGAUGACUAGUCCAACAAAGCAACUAUCAAGAGUUUGUUCUAAUUAAAUUUGUAACUUUAACAUGGCACAGUUUAUCUUAUGUUCGGACCAUUCUCUUGUGUUUGUGUGCAAUAAUUUAUUUUGCAUAAUAAAUUUAUAUUUCAAGAUUCUA